AUGCCCACCGAGAUCGAGCUGCAAGACCAGGCGACCCGCCUCCCCCUCCGGCGCCUGAUGAUAAUCUACGCCGGCAUCUGCUCGGCCAUGUUCAUCGCGUUCAUGGACCAGUCGGCCGUGGCGACCGCCGCGCCGGUGAUAGGCAACGCCUUGAACGCGAGCGCGACGAUCAGCUGGGUCGGCACGGCGUACUGGGUGGCCAACUGCACCUUCCAGCUGAUGUACGGCCGCCUGUCGGACGUCUUCGGGCGCAAGCACUGCCUCGUCGUCUCGCUCGCCACGCUCGUGCUCGGUAACCUGCUGUGCGGGUUCGCCAAGACGCCGGUCCAGCUGUACGUCUUCCGCGCGAUCAGCGGCAUUGGAGGAGGGGGCGCCACCAACCUGUCCAUGAUUAUCGUGUCCGACGUCGUGCCGCUCAAAGAGCGGGGCAAGUAUCAGGGCUUGUUGAGUGUUGCGAUUUCGCUCGGCAACGCCGCUGGCCCGUUUAUCGGCGGUGGGUUGGCCACUGCCGGCCAGUGGCGCUGGCUCUUCCAUGUGACGGCUAUUCUGGGAGCGCUCUGUGGCGUCGGAUGCCAGUUCGCCCUCCCCCUCAAGCCCGUCACCGGCUCGGUGGGCACCAAGCUCGCGCAGAUCGACUACGCGGGCGUGCUCCUCAGCGCAGCUGCAACGGUGCUGAUCCUCGUGCCCAUCUCGGGCGGGGGCAGCAUCUUCGCAUGGGACAGUAGUAUCGUGAUUGCGCUGCUCACUACUGGUUGUGUGUGCGCGGUCGGCUUCAUCCUCGUCGAGUGGCGCAUGGCGCGGCUCCCCGUCCUCCCGAUGCGUAUCUUCGCCACGGCCUCGAGCACCACCGCGGUGCUGGGGCAGUUCUGUAUCGGCCUAGCAUACUUCGCCGGCAUCUUCUACAUCCCCAUAUACCUCCAGUACGUCAAGGUGUGCACGCCGCUCGCGGCCGGCGCGCUUGGCCUGUCGUACUCAAUGCCGCAGGCGGGUUGGGCCGUCGUCGCGGGAUGGUACGUGUCCUCGACGAACAAGUACAAGCGCGUCGUGGUCCUCGGCGCCGGGGUAUGGACGCUGUCCGUGGGACUACAGCAGCUGUGGAAGGUGUCGACGCCGCUAGCGCUGUCGAUGACCCUGCUCCAGCUGCAGGCUUUCGGUAUCGGCACCGUCCUCCAGCCUUCCCUCAUUGCCGCGCUGGCUGCGACAGAGGAGAAGGACCGCGCAGUCGUGACCGCCAGCCGCAACUUCUUCCGCACGCUCGGCAGCUCGGUCGGCCUGGCGGGCGCCAACGCCCUCUACCAGGCCGCCGUCAAGAGUGGCCUCCACCGUAUCGACGGCCUGUCCGACGAUCAGGAAAGGAUGCUGGUAGAAUCGUCCCUCGCGUUCGACGGGCUGGAAGACGAAGUACUCCAGGACAUCAGGGAGGUAUACGCUUCUGGGCUGCGGAAGGUGUUCCUCUUCUUCCUUGGCGUCGUCGCAUUCUACUUUGUCCUCACGUUUUUCAUCAAGGAAGUCAAGUUCAGGGCCGACGCGCCUGAGCUCUCCGAGAAGAACGGCCGCGGCGACGUCGAGAGCGGCAAGGCAGCGUCUGUCAAUAGCGAGAAGACGGACAUCGGCUCGGCCAGCGACAAGUCAGCACCCGACUCGCCAUCGCUGGAAGCACGAGUUCCCAACCUAGCCUACGGCGACCGCGAGCCGCUGUCUGGCUCGUCGACUCUGGCGCCGAAUACCCCGAAGAUGAGCGCCGAGACGUUCAGGGAGGAGGUAGACGACAAGGCGUCGAACCACAAAAAGUCCAUGGAGGACUGA